UCUACGCUAGUCACAAUUUUUUUUUCUGGGUCGGGCCAGUGGGGAAGAUGGCCACGCUGCAGGAGAGUGAAGUCAGAGUGGAUGGCGAGCAGAAACUAAGCAAGAAUGAGCUGAAGAGGCGUCUGAAAGCUGAGAAGAAACUGGCAGAGAAGGAGGCCAAGCAGAAAGAGCUGAGUGAGAAACAGCUAAACCAGACUGCUUCCGCUCCCAACCACACGGCUGACAAUGGCGUGGGCGCUGAGGAGGAGACUCUGGACCCAAAUCAAUACUACAAGAUCCGAAGUCAAGCCGUCCAGCAGCUGAAGGUCACUGGGGAGGACCCGUACCCACACAAGUUCCACGUGGACAUCUCACUCACUCAGUUCAUCCAAGAAUAUAGUCACCUGCAGCCUGGGGACCACCUGACUGAUGUCACCCUCAAAGUGAUCCUGAACGACUUUGUGAGGCAGAAAUUUAUCGUCCGCUCUAAGAUCAUCACAUACAUAAGAAGUUUCCUGGAUGAGCUGGGCUUCCUAGAGAUCGAAACUCCCAUGAUGAACAUCAUUCCCGGGGGAGCUGUGGCCAAGCCUUUCAUCACCUAUCACAAUGAGCUGGACAUGAACUUGUAUAUGAGAAUUGCUCCAGAACUCUACCACAAGAUGCUGGUGGUUGGUGGCAUUGACCGGGUUUAUGAAAUUGGGCGCCAGUUCCGGAACGAAGGGAUUGAUUUGACUCACAAUCCUGAGUUCACCACCUGUGAGUUCUACAUGGCCUAUGCAGACUAUCAUGACCUCAUGGAGAUCACAGAGAAGAUGCUGUCAGGGAUGGUGAAGAGCAUUACAGGCAGUUACAAGAUCACCUACCACCCAGAUGGGCCGGAAGGCCAAGCCUACGAGGUCGACUUCACCCCACCCUUUCGAAGAAUCAGCAUGGUAGAAGAGCUUGAGAAAGCCCUAGGUGUGAAGCUGCCAGAAACCAGUCUCUUUGAAACUGAAGAAACUCGAAAAAUUCUUGAUGAUAUUUGUGUUGCAAAAGCUGUUGAAUGCCCCCCACCUCGGACCACAGCCAGGCUCCUUGAUAAGCUCGUUGGCGAGUUCCUCGAAGUGACAUGCAUCAGUCCCACCUUCAUCUGUGAUCACCCACAGAUCAUGAGUCCUUUGGCCAAAUGGCACCGCUCCAAAGAGGGUCUCACGGAGCGCUUUGAGCUGUUUGUCAUGAAGAAGGAGAUAUGCAAUGCCUACACUGAGCUGAAUGACCCUGUGCGGCAGCGGCAGCUGUUUGAGGAGCAGGCCAAGGCCAAGGCUGCCGGUGAUGACGAGGCCAUGUUCAUAGACGAGAACUUCUGCACUGCCCUGGAAUACGGGUUGCCCCCCACAGCCGGCUGGGGCAUGGGCAUCGAUCGGCUCACCAUGUUUCUCACCGAUUCCAACAAUAUCAAGGAAGUACUUCUCUUUCCUGCCAUGAAGCCGGAGGACAAGAAGGAAACUGCCGCGACCACUGAAACCCCAGAGAGCACAGAGGCCAGCCCCUCUGUCUAGAAGGCAUAUGCAACUAUGGCGUCUGCAUCUCAGCAGAUCUGGUCUGAGGGAGCCAUUCCUGUGUGGCGCCGUCUAUCUGCCCACUGCAGCCCAACCUCCACAAGAGAGAAGAAUUAAAGAAUUUCUUUUUAUUCCUUGUUACCAAAUAAACCAUUUCUCUCUUUA